UUCUGUUGGAAAAUGAUUUCUACAUUAUUUUCUUUCUCCCUAUGUCUAAGAAAUGAUGCAUCCGAUUUUGCUUUUCAAAAUUAACCUUCAAUUCUCCUUGUAGUUUUAAAAUGAAUGCUGUCUUACUAGGCGUAUCAAUGUGUAUCUUGCCUUCUUCUUUUCGGUUUUGCACAUUUAGUGAAAAUUCACGAGGGAAUGGCGCUAUUUUACAAGAUGUAUCAUUUGCUUUAGAGUGUUUAUUUCGAAGAUGUAAGUGAACUGAAUUAAGAAACAAGCUGAAUCUUGUCAUCAUUAUCAACGAAUAUUUGCCUGAAGAAAAUAUGUUGAAUUGACACAGUGCAAGAUUGCUGACUAUACAUUUCCUUUUGCAAGUCUACGCAUGAUGCAGCAGUAAAGUCAACAUGGAAAUAGGAAACAGAGUUGUAAAGAAAGGUGGUUUCAAGUUCAAACGUUCAAAAGGCCUGUCUCUAAACAAGCCGCCACCAGCCGUGCCUCCAUCAGAUAACUGUGGAAUACAGAUUAUUGGAGAGACUAAGCCACCACCUAAAGUACAGAAGAAUGGAGGGAGCAGUCAAAUGUCCAUCAUGUCCUUUGCCCACAAAGCCAAGCCAGUGGCAACAGUUAAUCCUCACAGUGUUCCCUGCAUCCCUUCGUCUUCUAGGUCCCCUCCAAGAAACACCUCCAAGAGGAAGAGAGAGGUGCCAGCUCAGCCUGCACUGGGGAUGUUUGUGGCCAGCGUCGACGGGGAAGAUGACCUUGAUGACUUCUCCAUGCCAUCUAUAAACCAUGUUUCCCCUCGUGCCACCAAAACUAUACAAGACAACAGGCCUAAGACCUGCACCCCUACCCCCAGGGCUUCUGCAGCGGGGAGGAAGCUACCCCAACCUGGCAACUGCAGCCCCAACCUGGAUGAGUCUUCCUUCUCAAACUCUCUCAUGGAAGACUUGUUUAAGGACUCUGAAGAUGAAGAUGAGCUGCCGCAGCAGAUCAGUAAGCGUGCCCGCCACACCCCGAUCAUCAUGAGUGACAGUGAAGAUGAGGAACAGAAAGUUAUGCAGCCUGUGCCAAAGACGAAAGGAACUGCAGACAGGAAGUUCAGUUUUCAUGCUGCUCAAGGCCCUGCCAGGAGCUCUCACCAAGCUCCUUGCACAGAUCGAAGCUCAAGCUCUGUGAAGAUGGCAAAUCUCGACAUCACACCUAUUAAAACUGAAUCUCAAAGUACUACAAACAGUAUGCAACAGAAAAUCUCCCCAGACAACCUGGACUACAAGCAGCUGGUCAGUGUCAUGGACGAGGUCUGCGACAUCAUCAGCAAAGUCAGCUCAGCCGACCUCAUGGACAUCGUCUCUCAUGACUAUGACAGACUACAGAAACUUCUGUAUCUCAGGAAACAACUCAAAGAACGCCUGGGCCCACAGUCUACUUCAAGUGCAGGACGACGUGAUAGUGACAGCAUUGCUGGUAGAUCUUUCAAAAAUGACACCCUUAAUUCAGAAAGCAGGACGUUAUUCUCGCCGCAACCGUCUUCCUCCCGACUUUGUACCACCUUCAAGACACCAGACAUCAGUCACAGCUUGGUGAAGACACCGCUCCCUGUGACAAGCACUGCCAUCAAGAAAACGACUGCCACAAAAAUGCAGCUAGGAUCAGACUCGCCAAUCCCUUGUGGGGAUAGCUUCUUUGAGGAUGAUGUCGAACUUACACAGUCAAAAAUGAGCUAUAUGAAAGGGUUCAGGAAAUCGUUAACAAGUCCAAAGAAUUCCCCUACCCAGAACACUUCUGACAAAUAUAAUUCAAUAAGCCAGAGAAAUUCCCUGGGUGGUUCAGUGACCUAUGGUGCAUACUCAGAGUCAUUUCAAAGACAGGAACCUCGAGACCCUUUCUCUGUGAGCAACAGUGUGAAUAUGUCUUCCUUCCAAGGUGAACGCACGUCAGUGAUGGACGACAGUGCCGGCUUCUUCAAUGAUACAUCCAAACAUGGAGGCAACUACACGUUUGAGUACAGCCUCCAAGAAGGGCCUGCCGUCGGCAAAAUGAAGCCUUCUAAGCAGUCGACGGUGCCAUCUCCCGCCAAUAACAGCGCCAUCUUUGAUGAUGAUUUUCCUGAUGAUCUGUAUAACAUUGAAGAUUUUCAGGACAUGCAGACAUCUCAGGAUAAUUACAAUCGCAGCAACAGUCAAGCACCUCCAUUUUCGUCGUCUGUGUCAGCACAUACAGCCGAGUCCAGGUCAACAUCUUCAUUCUCGUCAUCACGCCAGGAACGUUCUCAGCAACCCGAUUUGUCAUCAGUUGAGGAUGUCUACCAGCCCAUGUUUGCUGGUACUGACAAGGACGAUGGCGCCAGCGGGAUGUUUGACGGCCAUGUGUUCCCCCACAGCAAGGAGCUGAUCAAGGUGUUCAAGCAGGUGUUUGGUCUCCGGGAGUUCCGACACAACCAGCUCCAGGCCAUUAAUGCCUCCCUGCUGGGGCUGGAUACAUUCAUUCUCAUGCCUACAGGUGGUGGAAAGAGUUUGUGCUAUCAGCUUCCAGCUCUAGUCACAAACGGGGUGUCUGUAGUUAUCUCCCCUUUGAGAGCUCUCAUCCAGGAUCAGGUUCAGAGACUCAUAUCUCUAGAUAUCCCAGCGGCCCACUUGUCAAGUGACAUUGACCAGGCUCAGGCCCAGAAUGUCUACCACCAGCUGUCUAAGAGAGAGCCAGGCAUCAAACUACUCUAUGUCACUCCAGAGAAGCUCUCUGCCAGCGCCAAGCUCCUGGAAUCUCUCCGCCACCUGUAUGAUCGCAAGUUGCUGGACAGGUUCAUCAUCGAUGAGGCUCAUUGUGUCAGCCAGUGGGGCCAUGACUUCCGUCCUGACUACAAGAAGUUGAACAUAUUGAGAGACAAGUUUGGAGGUGUCCCCAUGAUGGCGCUGACAGCCACUGCAACACCCCGGGUGAGGAAGGACAUUCUACACCAGCUGGGCAUGAAGGAUCCAAAAUGGUUCAUGCAGAGCUUCAACAGACCCAACCUGAAGUACCUUGUGUUGAAUAAACGUCCCAAGUCUACCACACCUGAUGUGAUCAAGUUCAUCAAGGACAAGUACCCAAGGGACUACGGCAUUGUCUACUGCCUCUCCCGGAAUGAGUGUGACAAUGUCGCCAAGGACCUGCAGAAGGCUGGGGUGGAUGCUGUGUCCUACCACGCAGGGCUGGCCGACACACAGAGGGUCACCAUACAGGACAAGUGGCUGUACGGGGAAAGGUGCAAGGUGAUUUGCGCCACGAUAGCAUUUGGUAUGGGUAUUGACAAGCCUGACGUUCGGUUUGUGAUCCACUACUCCCUGCCUAAGUCUGUGGAGGGAUAUUACCAGGAGGCGGGGCGGGCCGGCCGAGAUGGGCUGCUGUCAGAGUGUGUCCUCUUCUACUCCUACCAAGAUGUCAAGAGACUCAGGCGCAUGGUGGAAAUGGACCAGAAUGCGACGUAUGCAUCGAAGCGAGUCCACAUCGACAACCUGUAUCGUAUGGUCCAGUAUGCAGAGAACGUGGCUGACUGUCGCCGGGCACAAGUUCUCCAAUACUUCGGCGAGCAUCACUUUGACCGAGACCGAUGUAACGAGUUCCGGGGUUCUGUUUGUGACAACUGUGAUUCAAAGGAUAAGUUCCAGCUGCGGGAUGUGACAGAAGAUGCCAAGGCUGUUGUCAAAUGUGUCGGGGAGCUCACAUCUGGCAGGAGAAACUUCACAAUGCUGCAUUUUGUGGAAGUUUUCAAAGGAUCGAAGAACACAAAGAUUCAGGAAACCGGCCACGACCGACACCCCCUCCAUGGGCGGGGCAGUGCGUACUCCCGUCAGGAUGCAGAGCGGCUGUUCCGGAAGCUGGUGAUUGACUGCAUCCUGAUGGAGGAUCUCCAGAUCACGGCCAUGGAGCAUGCGGUCUGCUACAUCAAGCAGGGCAAGAGGAGUGCCGAACUCAUGCAGGGCAAGAUCAAGGUGGAGCUUGCAGUGCAUGGCAGCAAGAGCAGGACGGAGGUGGCAAAGAUUGGCCAGGAGGCCCAGAGUGACUAUGACAAGUUGCUGGAUGAAUGCUACAAGGAACUGCUGGCCAUGGCUAAGACAAUAGCGAGAGAGCACAACAUCAAGAAUUACACUUCUGUGUUCACAAACCAAAUCCUGUGGCAGUUGGCUGACAAGCGACCUUUAACCCUGGAGGAGAUGAAGAGUAGUGAGAUUGAUGGCCUGACAAACUACAGGAUUUCAGCCUAUGGUGCCGAGAGAUUCCUCGACAUUACAACCAAGUACUGCUGCAUGUUUUCCACUCUUGAGGACGACCGGCGAUGCAGUAGUCAGAAGGAUGAAGGCAGCGAGGAGGCGAUGGAUGAAUGGACAUCACAUUACUUUGAGGAGUCCCAAAGUAAUCGCGGUCGCGGAGGCGGGAGACGAGGUGGAUCAGGAUGGAGGGGCAAGAAAAAUUAUCGUGGUAAAAAGGCCAAAAGAGGUUCAACACGAGGCAAGAGCUCUGGGAAAAAGAGCAACAGCUCCUUCAAUCAGUACAGCUACACUAAGGGGAAGAAAGCUGCUGCAUCCUCAAGAACCACACCACCAGCCAGAUCUGCCAGCUCCAGCUUCAGCGGCCUCGGGAUGAUGCCUGCCCCACAACCACGCACAUUCCUCGCGUCCAACAUGUUCCUCAUCAAGAAAAAGUGACAUCUGCUGCGCUCUAGCAGUCUGUGUGGACAUGCUCUUAACAUUGUCAUGGGUUUGAAGAAAUCCUGCCCUGAUUAUGAAACUUGGACUGUCAGCACUAUAUCCCUGCUCGUCAGUCUCACCAAGGAUGUAAAUUAUGUACAUUACCUGCAUCACCUUGUGAGAUAACUUAAAUACUGUUCAAAGCAACGUAAACUAACGCAGUCACUCAAUGACAUUGUACAGUAUUUUUCUCGAGUCUAGCUCAGUGGAGAAUGUAUAACGGACGUGCCUUGAAAGGAUUUUUCAAGACAAAGAUAAGUUUGUUGUAUCAACUCUGCUAUUGGAUUAUGUGAUGUAUUUUAUGUACCCUUGUAAAUAUUUGUAACUGCAUUUAACAGUUACUUGCAAAUAUUGUGUGUGGAUUUAUUUCUUAUUGUACAAAAAUAAUUUAUUUAUCAGAUUAUUCAAAAGCGAGAUAGUACUGGCUACUUCAAUUUUCAACCAUGGCCAGAGUUACUCUUAGUAAUUUUUUAUGAAAUCCUCAAUCAUAACUGAUAAUUCUAAAUAAAAUUUUAAACACUAAGGUCACAAGUUUGCAUUUAUCUGUAAAUAAUUUUACAUAAAGUACUGGCUAAAACAAUUGGUCAACAUUUUUUGCAGGAAGCUGCUGAAUUGUGGUCAUCAUAAAAAAUAUGUUAAUAUUUCUAAUUUUAUUUUUAAAAAUAUAGAUUAUCAGUAAGCUUGUAAUGGGAUUAUUCCAUGGCCCAUGGUGUUUACAAAAAAAUAAUUCUUUUUGGUUUCUUUUGAUAUUUGAAAAUAUUUCUAUUCCAAGCAAUAAUAAAGUUACCUGUGUCAGCGUGUGGGAGGGACAGGAAUGUUUUGCAAUAUGUAAUAGCUAUAAAUUAUAAUGAGGGUUAUUGAAUUACCGGUUCAAAUGUAAUUUCCUUAGACUUGUAUAUACAGGUAGUGUACAAAAAUAUGGGCAUUAGGUUCUUGUCAGGGAAACUGUGAAUUGAUUAAAAAAAUAAUGUUUAGCCAUAA